UUCCUGGCCGAAGGCCGUAAAUGGUUGUGAGGGGCGCCAUAGGCACCCCGAACAACCUCUAGUUUAAUAUAUAUAUUCACAGCAUACUACAGUGUAAGGACUUCACCACCAUCAUUAUCAGGCACACGAAAGUGACAAAAACUCGUUGUGCCAACCAGAGUAUGUGCGUUUCACUGCACUGUAGAAUGCCUCGUGCAGGGAUUGGCCGGUAUAAUAAACAGCCCUUUGUCAAUCCACUCCUGCAUAUAAUCUUCCCCACUCUGCGGCAGUCCCCGGGGGGGGGGGUUGUUGGGCCAUACUUCACCAGGCUGGUCAGUGCUCAUUGGUAAAGUGGUCACCUAGGACAGGUUCAGAUAUCGCUCACCACUGAUGUUAGUCAUGGGUUCAGAGUACAGUGUGACAAAACCACUGCGCCCAUUACUUGCCCUCGGAUUUCCACCUUUUCCACAGAAGAAACCCGCAUGUACAUCUUGGCGAGUCCGAGGUCUGUUAUCAACACUGAACUUUAAACAAAUUCAACAACGCAACACCAGUACCAGAUUUCGGUACAAAUCGAUUCCUGCUGCCCCGAACACAGAGGUGCCAAUUCCUGGACUGUUCAGGUCAAACCUGGACAGGUUGGUCAUGCUAGAUCCCCCCAAGUUAUACACUGUAAAUGUGAGCAUCAAGUUCAAGUUAUGUACAUACAGAGACAUUCACAGAAAACUAAAGCAAAACUAAUUAGUACAAUUAAUAGAAAUAAAGAGGAAGACAACAAAAUGUAGUAGUUAUAUGGUGGCUUCGUACCCAUAUUGACCAGCACAGCCUGAGUUGGUCAUCAGGUCGCCACCUGUCCGUGUUUGACCCAAACAGUGCGGAAAUGGCAUUUAUGUUCAGGAAGCAGGAAAUUAUUUUUAGUCAACAUUUGGUCCCGGUGUUGCUUUGAACUUCAUUAUAGUUAACUGUACAGUUUUGAUGGACUUGGUGCUGACUGAGAAAAUCUGCCCGGGUUUGUUCGCACUGGAAAUUCCCACCGUUGACCCUGAUCACAUGUUGCUGUCUGCACGUCCUCAGGCCCAAGUUCUUGAUAGGCGAAGGCAUUCAUAACAAUGCCAGCAAGAGGCACCGGGACCGCCUCAACUCGGAGAUGGAGGAUCUUGCGGCCGCCCUCCCUCUGCCUCCGGCCGCCAUUACCAAGCUGGACAAGCUGUCCGUGCUGCGGCUGAGCGUGGGGUACCUGCGUGCCCGAGCCUUCUUCCAGCAGCUGGACACCACGGGGAGGAGCUCGCCACCCCCGCCAGACCAGACCCUCACCAAUGCCAUCGACAGCGGCAGCAGCAGCACCAGCAGCAGCAACAGCAGCUCCCCCUCAGCCCAGCAGCUGGAGUUCGUUCCCUUCCCUCCUCGAGAGCAACUCUUACCCGAGGAGCAGCUCCCUUCUGACGAGUGUCACUUCAGGCGCCACGAGGAGCCAUGGAAUAGCCAUCUGGCCGUCGUGGUGCCGGCCGAUUGCCCGGCUGCGUCGUCCCCACCUCUGUUUGCCCCGCGUCGGCCCAGCCCCACGUCCUCGUCCCGGCGCCCGUCCUCGUCUCCCGCGGACGAGGCAGACGCGGUGCCGGGUUCGGUCGCGGAAGCCGGCCUCGCCACCGUUGAAGAAGAAGCACUGCCAGCAUCACCACCGCCGCCGUCCCCGCUCACACGCCGCGGGAAGGAGGAGCAGGAGGAGGAGGGCCGAGCGGUGGUGCCGUGCGAGGGGGGCGGCCGCUUGGUACUGCCGCCGUUCCCCGGUCUCAUCGACCCCGAGAUGCUGCUUGAGUCCAUGAGUGGCGUCCUUUUGGUGAUCAUGGCUGAUGGGACGGUGUUUUACGUUUCACAGAACAUCCAGCAAUACCUGGGUUUCAACCAGACGGACGUGAUUCUGGAGAGCGUCUUUGAUCUCAUCCACGCGGACGACCGAGCCGCGUUCCAAGCACGCCUCUGCUGGGAGGAGACGGAGCGAUGUGACUCUGGAGCACAAUCGACGGCAGUGACUGAACAGCAACGCAACUUUUCCUGCCGCUUCCGCUGCCUGCUGGACAACAACUCUGGGUUCAUGAUGCUUCAGGUGCAGGGCAAGUUAAAGCGGCUGGGCAGCGGCGGCGUUGGCUCCCUGGGUGCAGGUGGUGGUGGACCGGCGCUGUUUGCCCUUGCGGUUCCGCAGAAUCCCAUGCUGCCCACGGAGCUGCGGCUCUGGAACAUCAUCUUCACCACGAAGCACAAGCUAGACUUCUCCACGCUCAGCCUCGACUCCAAGGCCCGGCUGGUGAUGGGCUACACUAGUGUGGAGUUCCGGAGGCGCAAAGCGGUCAACUUCCAGCACCUGGGCGACAUGCUCUACUUGAAGGCAAACAACUUGAUACUGAUGAAGAACGGGGAGAGCGAGCCCGUGGUUUUCCGCCUGCUCAGCAAGCAGGGCAAGUGGCUCUGGGUGAAGGCCUCCGCGCGAAUCAUCUACCGCAAGGGCAAGGCCGACUUCAUCAUCGCCACGCAGUUCUUGCUCCGGGACGAAGAAGGAGAAUAUUACCUGAAGAACCGAAAUCCCGAAUGCAAGUUUGAUGUCACGGGUGAAGCGAUUGAUGUCUCGCAGAUCCCUCCCAUAAAUUCCCAGCAGCCCAAAGCCAAACUGUGCCGCACCAGCAGUGAUAACAGGAGCAUCAGUGGUGGCAACAAAGCCGGCCAGGAGCUUACAAAGAGAUUGACAAGUAAAGCGAAAAAGACGGACAGGCCAAAGAAUGGCACCUGCGUCACUGCGGAAACCCCGUUGACUCUGCGAGACACUAAAACCUCCCCGUACAUUGGAAAGUCGGCCCAGGAAAAAAGAGACAUCUACCACCGGGCCGGGACCUUUCCAAGCAGCCUUUCUUCAAGCAGUAGCCCCGACUCGUCGGAGAGCUUCCCCUCCGAGUGGGAGGAGCGUCUGACCGACUCCUCGACCCUCCCGGACGACGCCUUGGCGAGGGGCAGUCCCCCCGGUCGGGGCUUGUCAGAAGGAGUCCCAGGCUUAGGGCUCAGGGAUGGGGCGAGUGGACAGCUCGGGCUGGUGGAGCACGCUGGGAAGGAGGAGAGGGACCGUGGAUUCCUCAGCCUCCUGAACAGCAGACACGACAUGACGGGCUUGGACGUGGUCGAGAUGCUGGGCAUGGAUACGAUGGAAGCGCUGGACGAGGGUGACAUCACGGGCAGUGAUCGCGUCUCCAUGGACGAGGUGCUGGAGGGGGUGUUGCGAGACAUGGAUGGCGCCGUGGGCCGCUCCGACGAGGAGGCCCUGCUUCACCCGAGCCUCGUCGAGGGCCUGCCGCCCUCCGUUUGGAUGUUCCUGCAGAGCAUGGACCAGGCGACCGCCACUCGCUGUGAACAGACGGUGCCUCAGCUGUCCCCCGAGGGCCCGACGUCCGAAAGUCCCUCCGACGAGCGGCUGGACGUCAUCAGCGGCACCGACGUGGACCCUUCGUUGGAGCUUCCUGAGGACCUGGGACCCCUUAAGUCCACCGUUAGAGCUCUGAACACAUGCCCGGUGCGAGGCAUUAUUAAAGAGCGCAACUGAAGACUGGCGCGGCUUUCGAGCACCGCUUGUCUCUGCUGCUGCGCUCCUCUGUCGUUCGUGACAUCGGCCUCAACAGCCAAGGCAGUGGGCGGUGUUCAGGGUGAGAGCGAUAGAUCGCGUCGGUCAUCGCUCCCUGCCAUGAACGCGACUGCGUGCGAACAUUUCCGAUCAAAACUUUCAAAGGUGGACUUUUUUUAUCACAUGAGAUAUGGGAUCGAGUUGUACUGUUGCACCCCGUUUCCACAGAACUUGAGGCCAUACUCAAGUCUCCACAUUGUGAGGCAACUCAAGUUGGCUUCCCAAUCCAGGCCGGGGCACAAAAUUUCACGGACGAUUGCACUUCCUGGGGCUGCCUCAUCCAAAUUCCGCAUCAGAAUAUGGGCCGAGCGGUUAAUUAUAUUUUAGGGAAAGACCUCUCCAAUUCACUCGACACUAACUCGAGCGGCUCUGAAAGCCUCGGACACCUCAAAUUCUGGGAAGAAUGAUGGGAACGAGGUGUGUGAAAUGGGCAGCUUAAAACUCUCGACAUACAGUGAUGAAUGACAAAUGACUUGAUUCGGUUGCGUAUGGAAUGAUAAUCAAGUUUUGUAACCUAUCAUUUUUUCGUAAAUUCAGGGAUUCAGAAUAAUUACACGCGACUACAUUGACCUUCCAUGAACAGUGACCAAAAAUGUUGUGCCUUUUAACUUUUACGAAUGUUAUUUCGCGUGCUGUUAUAGAUGUAAUAUAUACUUCUUCUACAAUGUAUUCCUCGGUCUGGCGUAAAACAGGGCGGCUGUUAUAUUUCAUUGCCUUUUGUUUGCUGCGUAGAGGCGUUCUAACUCCAGCUGACUCAGCUUUGUACGCGCUUACCACAGCCAAUGCAACCGAGAAACCUGUACAGUGCUAUGCUCUUGUGUAAAGUUACAAUAAUGAGCAUGUGAUGCAGUUGUAACGAAACAGAUGCCAAUGACAAUACGAGGACACAUUUUGGCGACUGUGUAACUGCAUUGACAUAUCUCAUCAGGAAUAUACACUAACUCCCAAAA